GGCUAGUGCCGGGAAACUGAGUCUCCCCACCCCCCCACCGCCACCAUUCUUGUCAGUCGAAAGCGAUGGAUGCUACUUGCGGCAGGUGGGAAUAGAAUACUGGCCGUUCACCAAUCGCGGGCGAGAGUUCAUCUAAGUGGGCGGUGCCGAUCCCCCCUCCCCUGAAGCAGAACCGGGUUCUAGAGGAAGCUGCUGGACCAGUGCGGAGAGGCUUGAAGUACCAUUUAGUACUACUUUGGUUGGGCAGAGUGUCUCCAUCAUCCAUCCUCUUCUGGGACCAGCCAUGAUCCACAGCCUCUUCCUAAUUAACUCAUCUGGUGAUAUCUUCCUGGAGAAGCACUGGAAAAGUGUGGUCAGUCGCUCUGUCUGUGACUACUUCUUUGAGGCCCAGGAGCGAGCUUCAGAGGCCGAAAAUGUGCCCCCUGUGAUCCCCACCCCUCACCACUAUCUCUUGAGUGUUUAUCGGCACAAGAUCUUCUUCGUAGCUGUGAUCCAGACAGAGGUGCCCCCGCUUUUUGUCAUUGAAUUCCUUCAUCGGGUUGUGGACACUUUCCAGGAUUAUUUUGGAGUCUGCUCUGAAGUAGUCAUCAAGGACAAUGUUGUGGUGGUCUAUGAGGUCUUGGAGGAGAUGCUGGACAAUGGAUUCCCUCUGGCUACUGAAUCCAACAUUCUGAAAGAGCUAAUCAAGCCACCCACCAUCUUACGAACAGUUGUCAACACAAUUACAGGAAGCACCAAUGUAGGAGAACAACUCCCCACUGGGCAGCUGUCUGUGGUACCCUGGCGACGGACUGGCGUGAAAUACACCAACAACGAGGCCUAUUUUGAUGUGAUUGAGGAAAUAGAUGCUAUCAUUGACAAAUCAGGAUCCACGAUUACAGCUGAAAUUCAAGGGGUGAUCGAUGCCUGUGUGAAACUGACUGGGAUGCCAGAUCUUACUCUCUCCUUCAUGAACCCCAGAUUGCUGGAUGAUGUCAGCUUCCACCCUUGCGUGCGUUUCAAGCGCUGGGAAUCAGAACGAAUCCUCUCCUUCAUCCCUCCUGAUGGGAACUUCCGCCUGCUUUCCUAUCACGUCAGUGCUCAGAACCUGGUGGCGAUCCCUGUUUACAUGAAGCACAACAUCAGUUUCCGAGACAGCAGCUCACUGGGCCGCUUUGAGAUCACAGUGGGUCCCAAACAGACUAUGGGGAAGACUGUGGAAGGGGUGACGGUUACCAGCCAGAUGCCAAAAGGUGUCCUCAACAUGACCCUUACACCUUCACAGGGAACGCACACCUUUGAUCCUGUUACAAAGUUGCUGUCCUGGGAUGUGGGCAAGAUUAACCCCCAAAAGUUACCAAGUUUAAAGGGGACAAUGAGCCUCCAGGCGGGAGCCUCCAAGCCUGACGAGAACCCCACGAUCAACCUGCACUUCAAAAUACAACAGUUGGCCAUUUCUGGAUUAAAAGUGAAUCGAUUGGACAUGUAUGGAGAGAAGUAUAAACCUUUCAAAGGGAUCAAGUACAUGACGAAGGCUGGCAAGUUCCAAGUCCGGACCUAGAAGUUGCUGUGACUCUCACCUCCUCCUCCGCCUGUGACUUCCUGCUCCGCCUCUGCUCCCAUCAUCCCCUGGAGCUGCUGCUUGCUGUGGCCUCUGUGGCUCUUUUCUCCAAACUGGGCAAAUGUGUAUCCAACUGAGAUUUCAAAGCUCCUAAGUGGGAGAGGAGAGCAAACGAGGGGAAACGGUGACAUAGCUGAAGAGUCACUGGCUAAUUUUCCCCCCUCUGGUAGAAUUCAGUGCCCUUCUUUCUCCCUUUGUGGCUGGUGUUUAGCUGUUUUCCUUCACAGCCCUAAGGGUUUGGAAGGAGUUGCUGCCAGGACGAUAUGAUAAGGGGAGCUGAGAGAAUCCCCCUCCAUGUAUUCUUCCCUUGGUACACAGGACUCUCUCUUCCCCACCCCAAAAAAAUGCUUAGAAGAGAAUUGCUGCUGCAAUCCAGCGAAGAGCCUGCUGUGAAAGACGGAAGGGGUGUUGUCCUCAUACCUGUACUCAGUCAAGUCCCUGGCUUUGGUAAAAUGUUUUGAUUGGGGGAGAGGCUGUAAGCAGGUUUUCAGGGAGCUGAAAGAAGCAUCCUGGCCCAUACUGAGAAUGCUCACCCUAUGGCUCUCUUUAGAAAACAAGAUAGUGCUUUGGAAACCCACUUAACUGGACGGCUGACAACACAGCCUUUCCCAUACCACCUUCAGCUCUCUUUAAUGUGAGCGGGAGGAGAGGGAAUCAAGCUGUGUAUAUCUCUAAUGUGAUGUCUGGCUAAGGAAAUGGGGUGUAUCGGUGUAUGAGUGUGUGCACACGUGCUUCAGCUGCUGCAGUGCAGCUCCUCCUCCUGCAUGCAGGUGUGUGUCAUGUGCUUCCAGCCACCCUCCUUCCCCUCUUUCUUUCAUGCAUUGUUUCUGUACAGUUAGAUUAUAGCUAUGUGCUGGUGCCUUCUGCUCUGAGCCUCUA